AUGAUGCAUUUUAUAUUCUUUUACAGCUUCUUCUUUGGCUGUAACUGGUUUUUAUGCCUCUGCUAUAAAUUAGUAUACAAUCAGUGGGCUGGACUCUGCGAAAUAUUCAUUUGAAUAUUUAUAAAUACUGGAAUUUUUUAUUACCUUGCUCCUGCAGAAAAAACUAUUGAUGAAAUUGGAAUUUCGCAUAUGGAUAUUGCUUUAACCUCCGAACAGCCUACAUUUAUAGGCGAUUUGGCUGAAAAUAAUUGAAAAUUGUCCUUAGAAUCUUUGAAUUUGAAUAAUCUAAUACCUAUCAUAUUGCUCCUCUGAGUCUUUAUCUGGCAAUCAACUAAUCCAAGUCAAAAAAUACUCUUCUCGCACUUUCUUAUAUUUUUAGAUACAAGCUUCGCGAAUUAUUACAUAGGUAGCAAUACCUGGGAAAUUAAUUUAUCAAAAAUUAUUUUUUCAAUUUUUAUGAUGAUCUUCACAUUUAAUUAUUUUCUCAGAAAAUAUGAUGCAAGUGUCGAAAAAAAUGAAAAUCAAAUUAUUUUAGGCUUCAUUUUCAAUACAGCUUGGCUCUGUAUUACGAUAUUUACUCGUUCUAAUCAUUUUUUGAGUAUUGAAACAUAUGAAUGGUUUAUGCCUGCAACAAUGAAGAUGUUUGAAGAAGUCUUGGUGAACUUUUUUUCUUUAAUUUUUGUACUGUGUUUGAUGUGAAUUACACAAUCAAUACUUGAUGAAUUAGAAAUCAAUUUAUAUAUAUCAGAAUCUAGAGUAUUUUGACGAAGAGAACUUUCAAAUAUAUUGAUGGACGAUUUGUGAAACAUUUUUUGACUAAUUUUUAUCAGUCUCAUUAUGUUUAGCAUUCACUGGGGUCUAGAAAAAAUUUAUUUUAGCCCAUUGAUUCUUACUGAAGGGUUUAUUAUGAUAUUUUCUUGAAUUUUAUCGUAUUUUUGAUAUGAUGGAGAUGUUGACAAUCCGAAUAAAUUAUACAGUAAUAUAGCAGCAAUUUAUUUGGAUAUUUGUGCAUUUAGAUGGAUUUUAUCUUUCACCGCUUAG